GGCUUGUUCUCUCUGGGUGCUUACCUGAGCUGUCUCUGGGAACAUUCUCGCAGAGGACACUAAACUUUGUGAAGCACGAUGACAAUCAUUCCUCUGCUUCUGCUGGUUGCAAUAGCAGCCCUGGCUUCGUGUCAUGGUGACAGGAGCAACAAUCGUGAGAAACGGGAUCUCUUGGUGCGUUCAAAAAGAAGAUGGGUCCUGUCUACCAUUGAACUAGAAGAGGAAAUGAAAGUGAAAUACCCAUUCAAAAUUUCUACGAUGUUUAACGACAAGACUGAAGGGGUAGAACAUGAGUUUAGGAUAUCUGGAGAUGGUGUAGAUGAGGGACUAUUUUCCGUCAACAAAACAACUGGAGAUGUUUUCGUACACGCACCUAUCGACAGAGAAAAGAAGAACUUAUACCAUAUCAAAUUUGACGUCUACGACCAAAAAACCAACGCAAAGAUGGACAGGGAAUUAUCCUUUGAUGUAGAAAUAAAGGACAUAAAUGAUAAUCCACCGCGAUUCAUCAGGGCUCCAAAGCAAGCCAAUGUGAACGAAAAUGCAGAGGAGGGGUACCUGGAUGUGCAGCUGGAGGCUACAGACAUUGAUAAGGAAAAAACGAACAAUUCUACAUUCACCAUGAGUGUGGUAUCACAGACCCCAAAAGAGCCCCCGAUUGUUAUGGAUCAGAUUGAUAACAGAAUGGGCCGACUCAAAUUUACAGGAUGUUUUGAUUACGAUAAAGCAAAAAGCUACACAAUUGUUGCUGAAGCAAAAGAUAAAGGAAAACCACCCCUUUCCUCUACUAUUGCUGUUACCCUCAAUGUUGUUGAUACAAACAGUCAUCCACCAAGCUUCAAGAAACUAGAGAACCAGCCCCAAGUUGAGAUUGAGGAAAUGCUGACUAAAAAGGAUCUGUUGAGGGUUGCAGUAGAGGACAAAGACACUCCUAACACUGAUGGCUGGCGUGCCGAGUACUACUUCAUCAGUGGGAAUGAAGACCAAAUCUUCAAUAUAGAAACUGACCCAAAAACAAAUGAGGGUAUUUUGAGUGUUGUCAAGGAAAAGAAUUAUGACAUAACGGCUCUGGUCAACCUGCAGAUUGGAGUAAAGAACGUUGAAUCAUUAUCCAUUUGUAAAGAUGGAAAAUUGACUCGCGAUGAAAAAGAACUUCCAGUUCCAGACUCAAUGAAUAUCACAGUCAAAAUGAUUGAUACCAAUGACCCCCCUACGUUUGAAGUGGUGACGGCUGAUGUGUACCACAAGGAGGAAACAGAGCCAGGACAAGAGCUGUUCACACCAAAGGUUACUGAUGUCGAUUCCACAGAAAUCAGCUUUAAGCUGAUAGAUGAUCCAGCUGGCUGGGUCACCAUUGAUGAAAAAACUGGAAAAAUCACAACAGUUCAGAAGAUGGACAGAGAGUCACCUUUUGUGGACGAUGACAACGUUUACAAAUUAGUCAUCGUUGCCAUAGAUAAUGGUGAGCCUAAAGCCACAAGUACAUCCACCAUCAAAAUCCACCUCAAGGACAUCAAUGACAACUCCCCUAAGCUGGUCAACAACAGCUUGAUUAUGUGUGGAAACAGUGCAAAUAAAAUCAUCCUGUCUGCACAAGACGUUGAUGCAGAUCCUUACAGGGGACCCUUUGCUUUCUCGCUGGACGAUGAAAAUCUGAAGCAGCAUUGGAAACUAGACCCUUACUUUGGUGAAGAAGCUGGGCUCGUCCUCCUGGAGUCACUUCCCUACGAUAACUACUCCGUGCCGCUGAUGAUUCAGGAUCAGCAAAACGUGAUCGGACGUGAGACGGUGCAUGUGGUGUUGUGUGACUGUGAGGACGACAAUGUUUGUCGUGGCAAAAAGCCACUUUCAUACAACAUUGGACCUGCUGGCAUUGGACUGAUUAUUGCUGGACUGCUUUUAUUUCUGAUAUUACUCCUCGUUUUUUCUUGUUACUGUGGAAAGAAGAAAUUUACAUACAUAGACAUAGACAAGGAUGAGGGUCACCAAACACUCAUCAAGUACAAUGAAGAAGGAGGUGGUGUUCCAUGCAAGACUGAGCCCACUGCAUUGACACCCAUUACGACUAAAACAGUGGUAGAUGGCUUCAAGCAGAGCUUCCCACAGGUGCCUGAGAUGUCCUUAGUAACACAGCAGAAUGUGGAUACAUUCAACACACAGUUUAACACGAUGAACCAAAUGAACCAAAUGAACCAAAUGGGCACAAUGAGCUUGCAUCACCAAAGAGCGUCUCAAAGAAGCCACGAGGACUAUUCCACCUAUGGAACAAGGACAUUUAAUAGGAUGAACAGCUACCAAGGCGAGAUGUAUUCCCACCGUUCUGCAAAUCUACUGGCCCAGCAGCGCCUUGAAUGCCUGAUUAAGGAGAGGCAGAUUGUGGCUGAUACGAAGCUUGAAGACCAAGUAGAGUACCAACCCUUCACCUUUGCCUUUGAAGGGCAGGGCAGUACAUGCCAAUCACUGGAUAAACUGUCAGUCGACAACCUGGAGGACGGACUGCAAUUUCUGGAUGACGUAGGGCCACGGUUCAAGACCCUGGCAGAGAUCUGUAACCACUCAAUGCAAACAAAAAAUAUACAACUUUAAAAGGGUACUUAAAUGAUUGUUUAUUGUUUUUUGUUUUUUGUCACAAGCAAUUAACGAUAGUUUUUGAUUGCAAUUAUGCACUAAUCCGACUGGAUCAUUGGGGAAGUGAUAUACCACAAUGGCUGCAUUUUUAUGUGUACAGAUACCCAUUUAAACAUGACGAACAUUUAAAUCCAGGAAGUGUAUCUUUUAAUCAUUCCAUGAAACAAGGAUCAUGUGACCGUUGUUAGAUUUUCUACUGAAUACAGUGUUUGAUGAUCUGAGUUUAAAAAGUUUAGAUGGUGACUGGAUUUGUACUAUUUUACCUUUUUUAUACUUAGAUAUAAGCAAUGAUAAGAGUGAUUGGUGGGCUUUAGCAUAAGAUACAUACUGUACGUAUAUACUGUGACUACCAGUCACAUGUGAAAGACUACUCGUUUAUCUCAUUUGUAAAUGUUCCUUGAUGAGCAAUAACACAUAUCUAACUGCCUAAAUGGAAUGACAGUCUGUAAAAAAAACUAAACAGUGAAAAUAUUUCUACAAACAGUAAAUGUCUAUAGUUAGUUUAAAAUGCAGCCAAUUAGGGGUGGUGAAGUAAAACUAUGACAAAAUUAUGAAAAGUAUCUUUACUUAAUUUUAAGUACAUUUUUGUACUCUUUGUCUCAUUAUACAUUUUUUUUAGGAAUACACUUUUAAUGAAGUAUUUUGAUAUAUAUUUGUACAUUUGCCAGUGCAUAUGUUGGCUGAGCGUAAUCUUUGGGCGUGAAUUUGUGAAAUCUGUAGAUAUUCUGUCAAAGUCUGUACUUUUCCAUUUGAAUGUAAUUGUAUGCAAACGAAACCUGUUGCUACAGAAAUACCCUUAACAUAAAUUUAACUGGUUUUAACUUCAAUUUUGCUCUUGUUUUUAGCCUUGCCAAGAGAGUUGUUUAGACUGUCUGGUCUUAAUGUAAAGUAGGGUGUGCAUGCAUAGCAAUCAGUUCACAUCACCUCCUCCUUGAUCGUUAUCUCUGCAUCUGUGUUGACAAGCCAAGACAAGGCGGGGUUGACUCACGGAGGUGCAAAGUUGGUGAUAAUAACCAUGAGAACGAUUGAUUUAUAGUACAUUUUGGAAAAUGUAUUAGUCACAGAGUUUGAAGUGAGAAAAGCCAAUUUCCCAAAGACCUCUUAAAAUCUUUUAAUGUGGCCCUCUGCUGCUACAUGCUUGAGAAACAUCCCAGAAUGCAACAUUCAGGAGAGCUUUUAAAGGGAAAAAUUACACCUACCUAAAAAAAGAGAAAUAAAAAUGCGUAUAAUUCCUCUUGGCCACUGUUAUCUGAUUUUGGUUGAGUGACACUAAACGUCAUAAUUUUUUCCUGAACAUGCCCCGGCAUCUUGAGACUUCCAGGAAGACAUCAAAGGCUGCGCCCUCUGUCUCAUUCAAAAAUGCCAAACUGAGUUUAUGUGUGUGUCCUGAGUAACUGUUUUUUUCUUUAAAUGGGGAUUGUAUUGAAUGUGCCAAUCUGUGAUGGAUUUCAAAGUCGUUGUCUUUAUGCAUUUAUACUUAAUCUUUCCACUCAUCAUUUGAAUGUUUUACUUGAGAGAUGUGCAAAACUGAUAAGAGCAUAUUAAACCACGAACUUCAUUUUU